GUUAGUAUGUGAUAAGGGUAAGAAGGAAACAUGGCAGUGAACGGACAGUGGUGUCUGAUUGAGUCUGACCCGGGAGUUUUCAGUGAGCUUAUCAAGGAUUUCGGUUGCAAUGGUCUGCAAGUUGAGGAGCUGUGGUCACUGGAUGAGUGUGCUUUCACGGAUCUCAAGCCAAUAUACGGAUUGAUAUUCCUGUUCAAAUGGAAAGGAGAAGCUGAGGAGCAAGGAAAAGUUUUGUUCGGAGACACUGAGGUGUUCUUCGCCAAACAGGUGAUCAACAAUGCGUGUGCUACCCAAGCAAUUAUCAGCGUCCUACUGAACAUCCAGAACCCUGAAAUUAAUAUAGGUGAUACGUUGACUCAGUUUAAAGAUUUCACCUCUGCAUUUGAUCCUGCCCUGAAAGGAAUGUCUCUAACUAACGCAGAUAGGUUGAGAGAGGUUCACAACAGUUUCGCAAGACAGAACAUGUUUGAGUUCGAUAGCAAGAUUCCUGAAAAGGACGACGAUGUUUACCAUUUUGUAGCCUUCGUACCAUUUAAAGGCCGAGUUUACGAGUUGGACGGUUUAAAACCUGGUCCAAUAGACCACGGCUCCUACACCGACGACUGGAUAACUGUAGUCAGACCAAUCCUUCAGAACAGGAUUGCGAAACACGCCGCCACUGAGAUAACCUUUAACCUAAUGGCCGUGGUGGGAGAUAAGUUGUUGGACUUACAGAAACAGUUGGAGAGCUUGUCUGGGAGCGAGGGAGCUGCUAUGGAUAUUAAGGAGAGGAUAAGAGCUGAAGAGGAGAAACGUGCUAAUUAUAAGAUCGAGAACAUUCGGCGGAAACACAACUAUUUACCGCUGAUAAUGGAAAUGCUCAAGAUUCUGUCAGAGAAAGGAAUGCUACUACCCCUCACCCUGAAGGCUAAAGAGAAGAUUGCCGCCAAAGAAACUCCCAAGAAAGAAAGUUCUAUGUCAUAAUUAAAUGAACUUCUAUUGACCGCAGACUGUUUAACAUCGGACUUUGCAUCUACUUUUUGUAUUAGUUUUUGCUGUAUAAUUCGAUAUUUUGCCCUAAUAGAGCUCCCAUCUUUUUGGUUGUAUCGCAGAAUUUAUUGUAAGUUUUUUUUGAGUUAUAUGUACUUGUAUUGUCUUGUAAUUUUAUUUGAAAUUGAUAUCAAACAUGAACAAA